AUGCAGCCACCACUGGAGAAUCAGUCCAUUGUCUUGGUAUUCACACUCUCUGGACUAAAUGAAACGAUGGGAAAAAGAUUUAUGUUUUUUUCUUUGACUGCACUGUAUUAUCCAUUUAUUGUGUUGUGUAAUGUGAUAAUAAUUUACACUGUAAUCUCGCAUAAGAAGCUUCAUGAGCCAAUGUAUGUAUUUAUAUGUAAUUUGUGUAUGAAUGGACUUUUUGGCACAGCUGGAUUUUACCCUAAAUUCAUGUAUGAUUUAUUAUCCCAAUAUCACUUGAUUUCUUAUGCUGGAUGUUUGGUUCAGAUAUUUGUCAUUUAUUCAUCUGUUCUAUGUGACUUUUCAACAUUAACAGUGAUGGCAUAUGACAGAUAUGUGGCAAUAUGUAGACCACUGGAGUAUCAUUCAGUAAUGACCAAUCAGAGAAUUAUUGAAUGCAUCCUUUUCUGCUGGCUUUCUCCAUUUUUUUGCAUGUGUGUUGUAAUUGUGUUAACAUCGAGGCUAAUCUUAUGUGGCUCUAGUAUUGAAAAGCUAUAUUGUGAAAACUGGUCAGUUGUUAAACUGUCGUGUUUUUCUACAACAGUAAAUAAUGUGAUUGGGUAUGUAAUCAUUAUUAUAUAUUUUGGACAUGCAGUAUUGAUAUUUUGCUCAUACAUUCACUUGAUUGGAAAAUGCAGAAAGUCAAAAGAGGGCAGAAACAAAUUCAUACAAACUUGUGUACCACAUCUGCUUGCAUUGCUCAAUGUGAGUUUUGCAUUACUGUUUGAUGUGCUGUAUACUCGGUAUGGUUCUAUGACAAUGCCUCAAGAUUUGCGUAAUUUCAUGGCACUAGAAUUUCUACUCGUUCCUCCCAUGUUAAAUCCCCUUAUUUAUGGACUAAAUCUGACAAAACUACGGAAGGAAGUAUUGAGACUUCUUAAAAAAGAAGUAUAAAUAUUUGAGUAAAGUUUUCUUUGUUAAAAUAUAGAUUUUUGCUAUCUUAAACACUCUGUGAAAUAACUUGCAUUUCCCCUCUAUUUUUCUGAAACAAUGUAUAUUUUGUUGUGGCUAUUAUGUUUUUCUUUUUUUUUCUUCUUUUUUUGUCAUAUGUAUUAAACUAUAUUGAUUUAACUGUCACCUUGAUAAUAUUUUUUACUGUACGCUCAUGCUGUUAUGCUCAUGCUGAUAAUGUGUAAUUAAUAUAUAUAUAUAUAUAUAUAUAUAUAUAUAUAUAUAUAUAUAGUAAGAAAUGACAAUUAUAACUGAAAAAAUAAAUAAAAACAAAUA